GGUUGUUGAGUAUUUGUUUCAGAUUUUGACCAAAAAAGCAGACACUUACACGUGGCGGAAACUAAGCUAUCAUGCAGUCUCAAAUAUCGACACGUACGAAAAACGAGACAAUCCCUUUCUUCCACCUCUUUUUUUCUUGCAUGUACCCACAAAAUCCAUGGCAACUAAUUAUUAUUAAUAUUUCAUCUCCCUUAUCUCCAUUUUCCAAACACACAAACCAAAGCUCCCACUCAUGCAAGCUUCAAAAACCACCGGAAUCAGCGGCGGCGCCGCCGCUCAGCCCACCCAAAGAUUGAGGGACAGGAAAGUGAAGGACUUGAUCACAGACAAGAAGAGAUUGGUGGAGGUGCCGUACACCGCCUCCCUCGCCGACACCAUGAACGCCCUCCUGGCCAACCGUGUUGUGGCGGUGCCGGUGGCGGCGCCUCCUGGUCACUGGAUCGGUGCCGGCGGUUCCAUGAUAUUGGAGUCCGACAAGCAGACCGGGGCUGCCAGAAAGCACUAUAUAGGGAUGCUGACCAUGUUGGAUGUGCUGGCUCAUAUCGCCGGAAACCAGGCUGAUCCGGCGGAGGACGACGGCGGCGAUCUUGACCGGAAAAUGCAGGUUCCGGUGUCCUCGAUUAUCGGGCAUUGUCUUGAGAGCCUCAGCUUGUGGACCCUCAACUCUAAUACUGGCAUAAUAGAUUGCAUGGAAGUAUUUAGCAAAGGGAUACACCGGGCCCUAGUUCCCGUGGACGGGCACACGGAGAACAUAGCCGGGGUCGAACUCGUCGAGUCCGCGUCGAGUUACCGUAUGGUAACUCAAAUGGAUCUCCUCAAGUUCUUGAAGUUGCACGAGAACGAGCUCAAAGGUAUUCUCGGCCGUCCGAUCAGAGAAUUUGGAGCCGUGAGCGAGUAUGUCUUCGGAGUUUCCGAUAGAACUAAAGUGAUCCAUGCUAUACGGUGCAUGAACGGCGCUUCGCUUAGUGCGGUCCCGAUUAUUGAAUCCACCGACGACAUUGAGGAGAAUCAUGGAGAGCUUAUAAAUGGCAAAGAGAGGAGGCUCGUGGGUACAUUUUCGGCCACGGAUCUAAGAGGAUGCCCGAUGCCGCUUCUAAAAUCGUGCUUGCAAAUGAACGUUAUGGAUUUCAUCAAUAGGCUCUCCGAUAUCCCACUACACGAGGCAUCCGGAUUGAGAAACUCUACAAAGGAGCUUAUUACGUGUGGGCCCGGAUCACUUCUCGGGGAGGCAGUGGACAAGGUUGUUCGCAAUCAUGUGCACCGCGUUUGGGUCGUCGAUGAAUCGGGCCUUCUUGCUGGGCUGAUCUCGUUGACGGAUAUAAUACGGGCCACACGAGCUUGGAUGAUUUCCGAGCCCGCAUAGGGAGCUCUGUAUGAUAGUUAAUGCGUGUAAUUAGUUCUUAUCGGGCUUUUUGUAUUGCGUUUGAUGCGGAACUUGUUUCGAAUUCUCCCUUCUUUUUUUGUAUGUAUAAUAUGUGCAGUGUAUAUAUUUUGGGUGCUUUUAUGUAGUAGAAUUGACGUGCAAGAGUACCGGCAAUCUGCGUCAGUUCGUUGUUGCUGGGCGCGAUCGGUUUACUCAUAAGAAUAAUUUUUUGAUGAUU